UAGCCAGAAAAAAAUAGUCGUGUGAAAUCUUCGCAGUUUGACGUACCGUGCUCCUGCAGCGGACGAGACUGCGAACCCAGCGCGCUACGAACGACUCUUGACAGCCUGCUUUGCAGCUUCAUAUACUUUUCGUGGCCCAAAUCCGCUCAACAAGCGUAGAGAGGGCCCAGAUUGCACAGCACCAGUAUUAUGGCCAGGCUCCUCCUCGUCGCCGCGACCGCCACCGCUCUGAGGCCAGCGGCGACGCCUAGAACACGAUUGACACAAUUACGAGCCGAGCCGCUCACGGAAGCAAGGAACGCGCUGCGCGGCGCCGCCGCCGCGGUAGAGCCACAACUUAAGGCACUAGAGAGGGAAGUCCAGGACGCCAAGAACGCGGCGGACGCCGCCCAGCGCGCCACGGACGCCGCCCUCGCGCGCGCGGCCGCCGCCGAGGCCGCGGCACGGACGGCCGAGACCGAACGAUUAAAUGCUGAGCAAAUCCGCGAGCAGGCCUGGGAGGCCGCCAAGGCCAAGGCCGCCGACCGCGGGCGGUUGGAUCAAGCAUUAGCCGAGUGCGCCAAGGCCGAGGAGGCCGCUCGUAAUGCUGACGAGGAGACCAAACGGGCGAUCGCCGUGGACGGCGGCGCCGCGAAUAUUGAGGAGUUGAAGGCCGCGGCGGAGAAGGCCGACGCCGCCGCCUUGGCCGCGGACGAGACGAUGGCGCAAGAGGUGGACCGCAUCGGCGAUGCGGCUGCUUCGAAAUUGGACAGGGCCGCGGCGCAGGCGGAAGAGCUCCGCAAGGAGUUGAAGGAGGACCCGUCCGACGCGACGGCCGGUGUCGCGCUGGGCGCCGCGGGCCUGGCGGGGUUUUUGUUAUUGGCGGGCAUCGGCGGGCCGGGCGCGGGCGUCGUCGGUGCUUGUGGCGGCGCGUUGGCGCUGCUGACGUUCGGAUCGGUCCCCGCCGAGAAGCAGUAGGCUCUGAUUCAUCUAAGUAUGAGGGCAGGGGGCGGGGCGGGCGGGCGGUAACACA